AUGGCGGCCAACACCGUUGCCGCCGACCAACAGGCGAAGUCCAAACCCAGCGCUACACGGUCUAUCAUAGCAGGCAUGACUGCCGGCGCAAUUGAGAUCUCCAUAACAUACCCUUUCGAGUUCGCAAAGACACGUUCGCAGUUGAAUCGCCGGCUACCUGACUCUAAGAAACUACCAUGGCCUCGGUUUCCUUCCCGAGAAUGGUACGCCGGAUGCACAACGCUGAUUAUUGGCAACUCGAUAAAAGCCGGUGUCCGUUUCGUCGCUUUCGACUUCUACAAGAGCCUCCUAGCAGAUGCAGACGGCAAGAUUUCCGGACCAAGAACAGUGGUGGCUGGAUUUGGCGCCGGCAUAACAGAGUCAUUACUUGCUGUGACGCCAUUCGAGAGUAUAAAGACACAGCUCAUCGAUGAUCGAAAGAGGGCGCAGCCAAGGAUGCGAGGAUUUCUUCAUGGCAGUGGUGUGAUAGCGCGGGAAAAAGGCAUCAGGGGAUUUUUUCAGGGUUUCGUUCCCACAACGGCGAGGCAAGCCGCGAAUAGUGCUGUUCGCUUCAGCACCUAUACGAGUAUCAAGCAGUUUGCGGAAGGAUAUGUUGCUCCUGGAGAGAAACUCGGCUCCAUAAGCACCUUCGCCAUUGGAAGCAUGGCUGGCCUGGUGACGGUCUAUGCUACGAUGCCACUGGACACUAUCAAAACGAGGAUGCAGAGUCUGGAGGCCAAGCGGCUCUACAAAAACAGCUUCGCGUGCGCCACCAACAUUUUCAAGAACGAGGGUGUCUUGGUCUUUUGGUCAGGCGCGUUACCCAGACUGGGCCGACUUUCGCUAAGCGGCGGAAUUGUCUUCACCAUGUACGAGAAGACGAUGGAGCUGUUUGACAAGGUUGAUCCAGAUCGGAAGAUCAUAUGA